AUGGCGUACUACUCGGGCGGCGGCAAGCUGUCGGCGGUGGACGCCAUCCUUGCGGAGGCGGCAGACCUGGUGGCGCUUGAGCAGAUCGCCAAGCUCAACACGGCCCACCUCGCCGACGACUCCGCGCUCCCGUCCAGCCUCGAGACCCGCUUCCGCAAGCUCAAGUCCCUCCCCUCGCCCGCCGCACCGCCACCCGUCAGGACCCUGACCCGCAGCGUCACCGCGCCGGGCCCCGCCGCCGCUCUGCGCGGCCCCAACCCUCCCGCUCCCGCUCCUGCUCCGCCUGAGCAUCACCGGGCCCCCGCGGUCCACGAAGACCCGCCGCCGCCGCUGCCGGGAGACGCGGAGACGAACGGCGGCGAAUCCUCGCCGCGGCAGGCUCGUGCCCCGGUCCCCGCACCCGCAGUCCACGACGCCGACGCCGAAGACGACGCCGAGGACCUGGAGCGGCUGUUCGGGUCAGGGCCGCGGGGGCGGCCGACACUGCGGGGGCGGAACAGGGGGAGGGAGUCCUCCUCCGCCUCCCCCUCGCCGCCACCGCCGCGCCAGGCGUGCUGCUUCGGCUUCUCCCCGAAGAAGCCCUUACAGAGGACGUCGGCCAAGGCCAAGAAGAAGGUCCACCACGGGUCCGGCGACGUCCUCGGCGUCGACGCCGGCGAGUGGGGCGACGAGAACAGGAGGAUGGCCACCGAGUUCAGGGAGCAGCAGCGCCGGCUCAGGAAGGCGCUGGAGGACCAGGUGCAGGUCAGCAGGGAGACCGCCAAGAUGGCGCGCUGGGUCAAGCAGGCCUCCGCGCGCAUGACGCAUGUCGAGGCCAUUGACGACCUGCUCACAAAGCUAGUGAUCAUUGCUAACAACUGUCCUCCGCUCCGGAAGUCUGAAAUUGAGUACUAUGCUAUGCUGGCUAAGGUCACAGUCCACCACUUCCAUGGAAACAAUGUUGACCUGGGAACAGCCUGUGGAAAAUACUUCCGUGUCUGCUGCCUCAGUAUUAUUGAUCCUGGUGAUUAUGAUAUCAUCAAGACUACACCGGGUGAGCAAAUUUACCUGACAGUAAACAGAUCGUGGGAAUAUUUUCUUGGAUUCAAAAUUUUGUUCCUGGCAAUUGACAUUGUUGAAUGGAUCUUAUGCUGA